CCGAGGUCACGCCCUCGUUUCAUAAAUGAUUUCUGUAGCUCUUGUAGACUACUGCCAUGGAACCACGGAAUGCGACUAUUUUGCGAAGUAUCAUGAGACUCACAGGACUGAUUUUCGCAAUCAUCGUACUGGGUCUUAUUGCUGAAAAAGUAUACGCCCACGACUCGGAGGGAAAUAUAACGAUUUGCUACUUCAACAACAAGUCGAGUGCUUGCGACUUUGGACUGGCGUGCGGUGGUCUGUCAAUCAUCGCGGCUGUCAUCUUCACUGUGACCGAUUGCGCUGCCAGACUGCAGAUCUACUCAGAGUCAUCGAUUCGUAAGGGCUACGACAUAGCUGGAAGCGUAAUGGCUGGCGUUCUAGCCAUUCUUUGGCUGUCAAGCUUUGGCUACAUGACAAAUGAAUGGUUGGACUACAUCAACGAUGAGACAAAUGUCGGUACGUCUAGUAAUCCCGGACUGAAGUCGGCGGGUAACGCAAGUCUGGCAUUCAGUUUUCUCUCGGUACCUGUGUGGGUGGUAAUCAGUGUGUUAGACUUUAGGGCGUUUCGUAGUCUUUGAUCUCCGGCAAGAACGAAAGAACACGUGUCAUUACAAGAUACUCUAGUACGCCUACCUACCAAAGUUUGUUCCGUUGUUGUCGGUUGUCGUCAGGCUAAUGUGUAACGUCGCCAUACUCUAGACAAAAUGAUGUAUAUACUUGACGUGUAUGUUCAUUCGCAAAAAAUAUUUGGUGUUGCACAUGUUGUCGUUCUUCCGGACUAAUUGGUCUAUAGACACAGACAUUUUGUUUGCGUGUUAAUUUUAGUUACUCUAGACACUCUAGUGUUUCAACCGUAAAACCGUUAAUUAGCUAGUAAUAACUCGAGACUGACGUCUAGAGUCUUUUUUUAUCUUUUUAUAUAAUUCUGUCCACUAGCACAAAUUUGGAUAAAAAUUGAA